UUGUUUUUUUUUGUUGCAGAAUUCAUAGCAACAGUUCUGCUCAUUUCCUUACAUGAUCUACAGCAUCUACAGACCUUAUUUUCUGCCAUGAAGUUGUUUAAAUUAGAGAGUCUAAAAUUCUUGUGGACUCUGAAGCCUCCUAACAGGACUUUCCAUGGACACCCCAGGCUGCUUGCCUCUGAUGUGCAUUCCCAGUAUGAGUCCAUCAGACGGGGCAAACAGGAAAUACCAAAGUACUUUAACUAUGCAAGUGAUGUACUGGACAAAUGGUCUGAGAUUGAAAAGGCUGGAAAGAGACCACCAAACCCUGCAUUUUGGUGGAUAAAUGGACAAGGAGAAGAAGUGAAGUGGAGCUUUGAAGAGCUGGGGUUCCUGUCUCGGAAAGUGGCCAAUGUGCUGACUAAAGAAUGUGGGCUGCAGAAGGGGGACAGACUUAUCGUGAUCCUACCACGAAUCCCAGAGUGGUGGCUGGUGAAUGUGGCUUGUAUGCGAGCAGGAAUUGUCUUAAUUCCAGGAGUAUCCCAGUUAUCAGCCAAAGACAUCCUAUAUCGACUCCAGGCAUCCAAGGCCACGUGCAUAAUUACCACUGACAAAGUGGCUCCUGCAGUGGACUCGGUGGCAUCUGAGUGUCAGUUUCUGAAAACCAAGCUAAUGGUGUCCAAGGACAGUAGGGAAGGGUGGCUGAACUUCACUGAGCUCUACAAAAACCAAGCUGCUGACCAUUCCUGUGUCAAAACAAGGAUUCAAGACCCGAUGAUUAUCUUCUUUACCAGUGGAACCACAGGUUCUCCUAAGAUGACUCAACAUUCCCAGGGUAGUCUUGGUUUCAGACCCCUUUUAAGUGAAAGGUACUGGUUAGAUUUGACACCUUCUGGCAUGAUAUGGAACACAGCAGACACAGGAUGGAUACUAACUUCAGUGGCAGCUGUUUAUGAUCCCUGGGUUUUCGGGUCAUGCAUCUUUAUACAUAACCUACCACGGAUUGACUCAGCAGUCAUCCUAAAUACUCUCUGCAGAUUCCCAAUUGACGUGAUGGUCGGUGCUCCAACAUUGUUCCGCAUGCUGGUGCAAAAUGAUCUCUCUAGCUACAAAUUCAUGAACCUGAAGUACUGUGUGAGUGGAGGGGAACCACUCAACCCAGAAGUCAUGGAGCAGUGGAAGAGCCAGACUGGGGUGGACAUCCAUGAAGUUUAUGGCCAAACUGAAAUGGGAAUAAUCUGCUCUGUUUUGAAAGGAAUGAAGAUUAAACCUGGAUCAAUGGGGAAGGCAGCUCCGGAUUAUGAUGUUCAGAUCGUAGACAAAAAUGCUAAUAUCCUUCCUCCAGGACAACAGGGAGAAAUUGCUGUCAGAAGCAAACCUAUAAGACCACUUGGUUUUUUCUCUGAAUAUGUAGAUAACCCUAAGAAAACUGCAGAAACUGAACGUGGGGAUUUUUAUGUCACUGGAGACAGAGGGACUAUGGAUGAAGACGGGUAUUUUCAGUUUAUUGGAAGAGAUGAUGACAUCAUCAUUUCUUCAGGGUAUCGCAUUGGGCCAUUUGAAGUAGAGAGUGCCCUGUUAGAGCACCCAGCUGUGGCAGAAUCAGCUGUUGUCAGCAGCCCAGAUCCCCUCAGAGGAGAGGUUGUGAAAGCAUUUGUGGUUCUGUCCCCAUCCUUUUCGUCCAGUGACCUGAAGAGCUUAACCCAGGACUUGCAGGACCAUGUGAAGAAAACCACUGCUCCAUAUAAAUACCCUAGAAAGGUGGAAUUUGUCCAAGAGCUGCCAAAGACAAUCACUGGGAAGAUCAAGAGGAAUGAAUUAAGAGACAAAGAGUGGGGACGGAUGUAGCAUUGUUAGGAAUUUAACAAAACUUCUUUCAUUCCAUUAGCACUAUAUAAAUUUCACUAAUAUAACUGCCCUCAUUCUGAUCGCUUUUUGUUAAAUACUUCAGCACCAAAAACUACAGAUGACACCAAGAUGUGAUAUU